UCAACCGUGAUAACCGUCUCCGCGUAACCAUGCUGGUGAUGAAUUUCCCACACACCACAGAAACUGAUGUUUACACUAAAUCACUUCCCAUCUCCGAUUCACUCCAAGUCAUCAACCUUCCAGAAUGUUCUCUUCCCUCAACCUCCAAUAUAACUUCCUCCAUGACCGCUCUCCUCGAAGCUCAGAAACCAAACGUCAAACAAGCCGUCACUAGCCUCACUACUGAACGAGGCGAAAACGGAGUCCUUGCUGCUUUCGUUGUUGACAUGUUCUGCACCACCAUGAUUGAUGUUGCCAAAGAAUUCUCCGUCCCUACACUCGUCUUCUACACUUCGGGUGUUUCUUUCCUUGGUUUGGUGCUUCAUCUUCAUACUCUCCGUGAACAAGACAACGUAGAUUCGGAUCAGUUGCUGGAGCUCACUGAGUUAGCUAUCCCGAGUUUCGCCAACUUGGUUCCUACAAAAUCGUUGCCUACUAUUGUUCUACGCAAGAAAUGGGAGUGGUUUUUCAUGAGCUAUGCCAAAGGUCUAAAGAAUGCUGAUGGUAUUAUAGUAAAUUCAUUUGAAGAGCUUGAAUCCUAUGCGGUUCAAUCGUUUUUAUCUCAUCCUGAUUUUUCUGGUUUACCAGUAUAUCCGGUGGGACCUAUAUUAAAUCCUGAACCGAAAAGUAAGGACAUAAUUGAUUCUCAUGAUAUCCUCAAAUGGCUGGAUGAUCAACCUCCUUCUUCGGUAGUUUUCCUCUGCUUCGGGAGUAGAGGUUCUUUUGAUGAUGACCAGGUUAAGGAGAUCGCAAUUGCUAUUGAGAACAGUGGAGCCCGCUUCGUAUGGUCUCUACGUAAACCACCAUUGAAGGGCACAAUGGCUUCGCCCUCUGAUUAUCCCCUUUCUGACUUGAAUUUGGUUUUACCUGAAGGCUUUUUAGAUCGGACGAGAGAGAUUGGGAUGGUCAUUGGAUGGGCCCCACAAGCUCAAAUACUAGCUCAUGGAGCCAUAGGAGGGUUCGUUUCACAUUGUGGUUGGAAUUCAACGCUGGAGAGUAUAUAUUUUGGCGUGCCUAUUGCUACGUGGCCGCUAUAUGCUGAACAACAAAGUAAUGCUUUUGAAUUGGUGUGUGAAUUGAAAAUGGGUGUGGAGAUUGUGUUGGAUUAUAGGGUGGAGGUUAAUAGUGGACCUAAUUAUUUUGUAACUGCUGAUAAGAUCGAGAGAGGAAUGAGAAGAUUGUUGGAUAAGGAGGGAGAGUUCAGAAAGAAAGUAAAAGAUAUGAGUGAAAAGAGUAGGAAGACUUUGUUAGAAGGAGGAUCUUCUUACGUUUAUUUAGGUAGUUUGAUUGAUUAUAUUGUGAAUCAAAUAUCAAAUUAA